AUGUUGGUGCUGAGGAAUGAGCGGGUUACGACUCCCAAGAUUCAUCCAUCGUCCUCUCUUUUUUGCAUUCGAGCGUGGGCUCGUGGCCGUGAGGCACGUUUACGUUGUCGCCUAGUCCUCUCUGUAGAUGGAUGUUCUUGCGGUCGCCGCGCCAGAAUUGGGCGAAGUCUCGUCGUCAUCGUCGUCGUCAUCUUGGAUCUCGUAGCCGCCUUAUCAAAGCGCAGCGGCGGGAAACAAAGCAUUCAACAGCCGUUAUACUCCCGAACUCUGCCUCCUAUUCCGAGUCUGUUUGGUUGCAGAAGUCGGUGGUGGCCAGGUGGGAGCUCUAAGCAUGGUGGCGGGCGAGGGAGAGGGGGGGCCAGGAUCUCGCCCUCCGAGGCACUCUGCAACUGCUCGUUGAACGUUCCCUCUCUGGAAGACGACGAGCGCGAAGAUGAAGAGGAGGACGAAGAAGAGGAAGGCUUGUGGAUAGCUGGGGGCUCAAAUGGUAAGAGCUCGUCUGUGCCUCUGAAUAAGGAGGUGGCGUCGGCUGCGGCGGAGGCGCUUGCUCGAGAGCUGGAGUCCAAGGUCGACUUCUCGGUCUCAGGUUCUCUGGCCGCCCCCCCUUGCUCCUCUGCUAAGCCUCUCGAAGAGGGGGCCAAGAGUCUGGAAGAGCUCAUCUUGGUGGACCCUAUAUGGGCCGCCAUGAGAGCCGAGGCGAGAUUAGAGGCAGAAAAGGAGCCACUAUUAAGUAGCUUUCUGUAUGCAAGCAUCUUGUCCCAUUCUUGUUUUGAAAGAGCAUUGGGAUUUGUCCUUGCAAAUCGUCUCCAGAAUCCAACACUUUUAGCUUCUCAGCUAAUGGACAUCUUUGAUGAUGUAAUGAUUCAUGAUGCAGGAAUUAGGCGUGCUAUCCGGUUGGAUGUCCAGGCAGUUAAAGAUAGGGAUCCUUCAUGUAGGUCAUAUAGCUGGGCUUUGUUGUAUCUUAAGGGCUAUCAUUCUUUGCAGUCCUACCGCGUAGCACAUGCACUUUGGGCUCGAGGGCAGAAUGUCUUGGCCUUGGCAUUGCAGAGCAGAAUAAGUGAGGUUUUUGGGGUGGAUAUACAUCCAGCUGCAAAAAUUGGAAAAGGAGUCUUAUUGGACCAUGCAACAGGUGUUGUCAUUGGUGAAACUGCUGUUGUUGGAAACAGAGUUUCAAUCAUGCAGGGUGUAACUCUAGGAGGAACUGGGAGAGAAAUUGGUGAUCGUCAUCCUAAAAUAGGUCAUGGUUCUCUUAUUGGAGCUAGUGCUACAAUUCUUGGUAACAUAAAAGUAGGUAAAUGUGCUGUCGUCACUGCUGGCUCACUGGUGCUAAAGGACGUUCCUGUGCACAGUAUAGUUGCAGGAAUCCCCGCAAAGGUGAUUGGAUAUGUGGAAGGAAGAGAUCCAUCACUGACGAUGGAGCAUGAUGCAUCAAAAGAGUUCUUCCACCAAGCUGCGGAUGCUCCCAAGGGGAAACCUAGCAAUUAAAUUUCUCUUUUCCAAAGUUCCAGAAAAUCUUGCUGGCAAGGUCCAGCCCGUUCCAUAGACUUCAAUUGAUCUAGUGAUCGUUGCUGGGACAUUCCUGCAAUCAAUCUUCCAACUGUGGCCCCUUCCGCGAGGAGUCAACGAAGGUGAGACUUGUCCCGGCAAUUAGUUGGCUAUCUUUAUUUGGAAUACACCGACAUACCUGUUUUAUUCUUGAAAGGACGGAUGUUCACUAGACUAAAAUAUCAAAAGUAAAGCUAACAGAGACUGCAAGACUGUGUACUUGUUCCAUUAUUCAAACUAUUUUGUUCUCAUAAAAUUCAUGAUUUGUAUA